AUGACCAAGACGCCUCGAGGGCGAAGCGUGAGUAGGUGGCCGGACAUCGUCACUGUUGACCUCAUUGAGGCUGCAGGCGAAGCACAGAGCAAAGUACCAGAGGACUGCAAUGAAGCCAUCAUAGCCUUAUUCUUCAAGAAGGGAGAUCCGAAAAACAUUGCCAAUUAUCGUCCCAUCAACUUGAUCAGUAUUAUUUACAAACUUUUUUUUCUUGUAAAAAUCAUCACAGACAGAAUAGCUAGAGCGCUGGAUGGAAACCAGCCUCAUGAACAAGGUAGCUUCCUAAAAGGAUUCUCGACAACUGACUACCUCCAUGGCACUAACCAGUUGAUUGAAAUAUGCGCCGAGUACAAAAUUCCUCCAGUCAUUGGCCUCGUGUACUACAGCAAAGCUUUUGAUUCGAUAGAAAUUCCAGAAGUCAGUGAAGCCCUUGAAGAAUGA